AUGUUAGAAGAAACUCGAGAGAGCAAAUUGGCAGCAGCCAAGAAAAAGAUUCAGGACAUUCUGAAGGUGUUGGUGUCCAACCUUCACCAUUCCAGUGGGGGGCUGCGUGCCCCUCUGUCAGCUGACACAGCCCCCACACACCCCAGCCCUAAUGAUUGUUCUCUCUACUUCUCCCCGCAAUCAUCCUUCAACUCCUCCUCUCUGCGUGCACCUCAGAGCCGGUACAAAGAAUUGGAAGUAGCCCUGGACUCAAGCUCCACAACAAUCAAUCAACUCAAUGAAAACAUAGAAUCACUGACAUUGAAGGAGGAGAAGAAGCGUGACAUACAUCGGAUACAGGAGCUGGAGAGGAGCUUGUCCGAAAUCAAACCCCAGAUGGCUCAGCCCCCAUCCCCAGUGCCCCCAGCAGGGCCCUCUGACGUGGAGCAGCUACAAGAUGAGGCCAAACACCUGAGGAAGGAGGUGGAGAGUUUGGUGGAAAAACUCCAAUCCCAGGUGGAAAACAACCAGGCCUUGAAUCUCCUGAACAAGGAGCAAAAGGAGAGGCUCCAGGAGCAGGAGGAGAGGCUCCGGGAGCAGGAGGAGAGGCUCCGGGAGCAGGAGGAGAGGAGGCUUCGGGAGCAGGAGAGGCUGUGUGAGCAAAAGGAGAGGCUUGAGGAGCAGGGUGAGAGGCUGCGAAAGCAGGAGGAGAGACUGCGAAUGGAAGAGGAGAGGCUGCAAAAGCAGGAGAAGAGGCUGUGGGAUCAGGAAGAGAGGCUGUGGGAGAAGGAGGAGAGGCUACGAAAGCAGGAGGAGAGGCUGCGAAUGCAGGAGAGGCUCGCGCUCUCCCAGAACCAAAAGCUCGACAAGCAGCUGGCUGAGCCACAGUGCGGCUUCGAGGAUCUGAACAACGAGAACAAGAGCGCUCUGCAGUUGAAGCAGCAAGUAAAGGAGCUGCAGGAGAAGCUGAGUGAGGAACACCUAGAAGCAGCCAGCCAGCAGAAUCAACACCUAGAGGCCCAGUUGAGCCUCAUGGCUCUCCCUGGAGAAGGAAAUGAAGGAGAACAUCUGGACGGUGAGGAGGAGGAGGCGCCUCAGCUGAUGCCAAGCAUCCCAAAGGACCUGGAGAGCCAGGAGGCCAUGAGAAGCUUUAUGGACCUCCCGAAUGAGAAGGCAGACGGGAAGGAGCAGGUGGAAAAACUAGAGCUUGGAUUCAUCCAGCUCUCUGGAGCAAGAGAGGGCAUGAGAGACUACAUCACCGAAUAUGAGAGCCAUGGGGCAGUGCCAAACACACGGCACCAAGAGGACAUCAUCAAGCUGGCCCAGAAGGAGGAGGAGAUGAAGGUGAAGCUGCUGGAGCUGCAGAAGCCGGUGUUACUGCUCAUGGGUCACCACGAGGGGCAUGACAAAUUCCUCCCCACUGCCCAGAACCCUGCUGAGGAGCCUGCUCCAGGGGCCCCAGCCCCCCAGGAGCUUGGGGCUGCGGAGGAGCAGGGUGGUGAGUAGAGCCCUCAGGCGGGG